CCGGCCUGUCUUGGACCUUUCAUAAGGCAGGGGAGCCCCAGCCGAGCGGGGACAGCCAGCAGGAAGGGCAGCUUGGCGGGGCCUCAGGAUGGACCCCGUCGAGGACACGCUGCGGCGGCUGCGGGAGGCCUUCGGCUCGGGGCGGACUCGGCCGGCAGAGUUCCGGGCGGCGCAGCUCCAGGGCCUGGGCCGCUUCCUGCAGGACAACCGGCAGCUGCUGCUGGACGCGCUGGCCCAGGACCUGCACAAGUCCAACUUUGAGGCGGAGGUGUCUGAGAUCGCCAUCAGCCAGAGCGAGGUCGACCUGGCCCUCAGGAACCUGCAGACGUGGAUGAAGGACGAGAAGGUGUCCAAGAACCUGGCCACACAGCUGGACUCAGCCUUCAUCCGCAAGGAGCCCUUCGGCCUGGUGCUCAUCGUCGCGCCCUGGAACUACCCGCUGAACCUGACGCUGGUGCCCCUGGUGGGGGCCAUUGCUGCAGGGAACUGUGUGGUCCUGAAGCCCUCCGAGAUCAGCAAGAGCGUUGAGAAGGUCCUGGCCGAGGUGCUGCCCCGCUACCUAGACCAGAGCUGCUUGGCUGUGGCCCUGGGCGGGCCCGCGGAGACCGCGCGGCUGCUGGAGCACAGGUUCGACUACAUCUUCUUCACAGGGAGCCCCCGUGUGGGCAAGAUCGUCAUGGCCGCCGCUGCCAAGCACCUGACACCCGUCACCCUGGAGCUGGGGGGCAAGAACCCGUGCUACGUGGAUGACGACUGUGACCCCCAGACCGUGGCCAACCGCGUCACCUGGUUCCGGUACUUCAACGCUGGCCAGACCUGCGUGGCCCCGGAUUACGUCCUGUGCAGCCCCGAGACCCGCGAGCGCCUGCUGCCUGCCCUGCAGAGCGCCAUCACCCGUUUCUAUGGCGACGACCCCCAGAGCUCCCCCAGCCUGGGCCGCAUCAUCAGCCAGAAGCAUUUCAAGCGGCUCCAGGGACUGCUGGGCUGUGGCCGGGUGGCCAUCGGUGGCCAGAGCGACGAGAGCGAGCUCUACAUCGCGCCCACUGUGCUGGUGGACGUGCAGGAGACGGAGCCCGUGAUGCAGGAGGAGAUCUUUGGGCCCAUCCUGCCCCUGGUGACCGUGAGGAGCCUGGAUGAAGCCAUCGACUUCAUCAACCGGCGGGAGAAGCCCCUGGCCCUGUACGCCUUCUCCAACAGCUCCCAGGUGGUCCAGCGGGUGCUGGCCCAGACGAGCAGCGGGGGCUUCUGCGGGAAUGACGGCUUCAUGCACAUGACCCUGGCCAGCCUGCCUUUCGGAGGAGUGGGUGCCAGCGGGAUGGGUAGGUACCACGGCAAGUUCUCCUUUGACACCUUCUCCCACCAUCGUGCCUGCCUGCUCCGAAGCCCGGGUAUGGAGAAGAUCAACGACCUCCGCUACCCUCCCUACUCACCACGCAAUCUGAGGGUGCUAUUGGUGGCCAUGGAGGAGCGCAGAUGCAGCUGCACACUGCUCUGAGCCCGCAGGUGCUGGGGCACCAGCCUUCCUCCCCUCAUGAAGCAGCCAGAGAUGUGGGCUAGGGCACAAGGAGACGCCCAGGUGACAGAGCAGCUUGCUCAGCCUCACCCUCCGGGGGAUUUCCUUUUCUGACCCUUAGCUGCCCCAUAAUGAGGACAGGCUGAGGAUGGGAGCACAGGAACAGUGCAGAGACCUGCCCCUACCCGCCAUGUCAUCCAUCAUUUCCCGGAAGAAGAGAGCAAACGUGGCACCUCUGAGCCACUUGCCUUCCUGCAGAGGGUGCAGCAGAGAAGCCCUGGCAUGGGGUCCAGGCCACAGCAUGGAAGCUGUGUGAGCAGGUCAUCACUGUCUUCUGUGAGCCUCAGUGUCCCCACCUGCAGUGCUGGUGGAGAUGAUUAAUUGACACCUCUGAAGAUUGUUACAAAGAUUAAAUCCCGAGGCUGACCAUGA